GGGAACUGAUCGGACAUCCUGUUUUGAACGUAACUCGGUUGCACUUCGAAUGGAAGUUCUUUGUGACUCUAAAGGAACUAAUGUCUGCCCAUCUGGGGGUGUUGGGGUCUAUAAUCCUGGUUACUGGGGCAUGAACAUUGAAAGAAGGAAGAGUUAUAAGGUGAGCCUGCACAUUAGGUCUUCAGAUGCAGUUUCCUUGUCCGUUUCUUUGAGAAGCUCCGACGGUCUGCAGAAACUUGCUUGUCACACCAUCACGGGUGGCAAGAAACAAUUCACCAACUGGACAAAGAUAGAGUUUCAUUUGAAAUCCAGCAUAAAUAACACUAAUUCAAGGCUUCAGUUUACAACCACUAAAACUGGGGUCCUUUGGCUCGAUCAAGUGUCGGUUAUGCCUUCAGACACUUACAUGGGACAUGGUUUUCGGAAUGAUCUUGCUUCUAUGUUGGCUGAUUUAAAGCCCCAAUUUCUCAAAUUUCCAGGGGGUAACUAUGCCAUGGGAAAUUAUCUGAGAAAUGCAUUUCAGUGGGGUGAAACUGUGGGUCCAUGGGAGGAAAGACCUGGCCACUUCAAUGAUGCUUGGGGAUACUGGACUGAUGAUGGGCUUGGAUUCUUUGAGUUCCUUCAGUUGGCUGAAGACCUUGGUGCUUCCCCUGUUUGGGUGGUUAAUGAUGGAGCAAGCGCUAAUGAAGAAGUUUCUACAGCAAGGAUUGCGUCACUGGUGAAGGAUGUUGUUGAUGGCAUCGAGUUUGCUAGGGGAGGACCCAAAACUACAUGGGGUUCAGUUCGUGCGGCAAUGGGACAUCUGCAACCCUUUAAGCUUGAUUAUGUUUCAAUAGGGAAUCAAGAAUGCUGGAUGCUCUACUACAGAGGCAAUUACCAAAAGUUCUAUUCUGCAAUUAAAGCUUCCUACCCAGACAUCAACAUUGUAUCAAGUUGUGAUAAGUCAACUAUUUCGCCAUCCAACCCUGCCGAUCUAUAUGAUGUUCAUGUCUAUGCAUCUUCUGCCAAUAUGUUUUCCAGAACUAGUAUGUUUGACAACACACCACGCAGUGGGCCAAAGGCAAUUGUUAGUGAGUACGCUGUGACAGGAAAUGAUGCUGGCAAAGGAACACUAGUAGCAGCACUAGCAGAAGCUGCGUUUCUAGUUGGAUUGGAAAAGAACAGUGAUGUGGUGGAGAUGGCGAGCUGCGCACCACUUUUCGUAAACGACAAUGAUCGCAGGUGGAGCCCAGAUGCCAUUGUAUUCAACUCAUGGCAGCACUACGGAUGCCCAAACUACUGGAUGCUACACUUCUUCAAGGACUCCAGUGGCGCAACCUUUCACCCCACAGCAAUGCAGAUCUCCAACUAUGAUCAGAUGGUUGCAUCUGCCAUUACUUGGCAGAAUCCUAAAGACAAAAGCACUUACCUGAAAAUAAAGGUCGUAAACUUCGGCAACAAAGGUGUGGAUCUCAACAUAACUAUUACAGGGUUGGGGAGUGACAUCAAGAGCUCUGGUUCGAAGAAGACCGUGUUGACGUCCUCUGCGCCGCUCGACGAGAACUCCUUCCAACAGCCAGAGAAGGUGACUCCAGUUUCGAGUUCAUUGGCCGAUGCCAAGCAGCAGAUGGGCGUGUCAGUGAGCUCCUAUUCCCUCACAUCGUUCGAUCUCCUGCUGGAACCAAGCAAGCACUCGACCAUAUAAAGAAGAAAAUAGCUCAAGUGUUAGCUACAGCCUAUAGCUGCAGUCAGACCAGUUGCCUCCCAUACGAAUAGGAAGGAAAGAACAGAAAACAAAUUUGUAAAUGUAUAGUAAAUAUUAGCCUGUGCGUAUGUACCGUAAUUCUGUAAACAAAGAUCAUGCUGCCAAGUCAGGAACUCGUCGCAAGGAUUGCUUGUGUUGCCAAA